AGGUCAUGUUACAUCUAUCCAGAGCCCAGCCAAUGUUUCCGUGUAACUAAACAUCUUCAAUGUUUCCUUGUAACUGGCAACAUCCCAGUAACCUAUUUAACCCUUGUGGUGUAAUUGCAUCUUUUCUGUAAUGUGAUGAUCAGCAGUGUAAAUAGUACUCGGUCUAUGUCCAAGUAGCAAUGAAUAGAAUUCUACUAUAACAUCCUGCUCUUGUUCUGUACGUUGGCCAAUAAAAGACAGUAUAUUUUUCCACCUUAACCAUCCUGAUAUCACCAAUUAAUUAUCAAUUAUUAUCAGAGAUUCCUGGACAUGCUCUUCCCAGUUUCUCUGAUGCUUUAAUAUGUAGCAAUGUUGCAACAUUUAAAAAAAUCGUCUGCAAUUUAUCCCAUCAGAUAAAGCAUAAAAAUAAGUUUAAUUUGAAACCUAAUUCACUUACAUAUCUUCAGUAUUAAAAAUGUUUGGCCAUUUUCAUAAUCGGAAGUUAGCAUCUUGUUCCCUAUUGCUUCUCCAUUGACUGAACACAAAAGCUGUGAUCGAGGACAGUCAAAAGCCCACAAUUUUCUUAAAAAUUAAGAGAACUGAAAUAAAUGUUCAGUUAUUAUAGAUUGAAGCAUUCUGAAACAAUUAUGAAACAAUCUUACUUGGAUGACCUGAAAUUAAUGCAUAUAAUCAGUUAGUUACCUAAUUGUAGCUAAUUACAAAAUUCAAUUACUAGAUCUAAACAUCUAUCCAUUUCUUAAGAAAAGAUUUUUAAAUAGCCUAAGUGUACAAAUAAUAUUCACACAAGAAUUCACAAUAUAACAUGAUUUUUAAAUCUCAUUGUCAUGAAUUUAUAGGCCAAAUGGAAGGAAUUUAAUGUUUAAUUCCCGUAAAGCAAGUUUAUAUGUAAAAUAAACGAUUUACCCUACGUUUUGUCCCCUACGUGAGAAUCGUCCCGUUGUCGGCGUUAGAAGUUGCUUUUUUAUUUUACACCAGCGAUUAAAUUGACCCGCAACGGAAGUCAGACCGAUUUUUCAGCAUCAGCAAGCAACCCGAGAAAAUAUAUCUCGGACAGGCAGGAGAAAAUCGCAUUUUAAUCCCACCCCCCUCCCCUCAAAGGCGCCAAAGUAGCGCGCAUGGCCAGUGGCAGAAUUGCAGCGCCGCUGAAGAUAAGUAUUGUAACAUACCUAUAAUAUGUAAGGUUGGAAGUUUUCACAUACAUGGAAUUUGCCUUGGUGUUCCGCACGCAAGUGACAGUUAGGAAUGAUACAUAAAACAUUAAACAUUAAUAAUAAAACAUUAUUGAUUAAACAGGUGCAUUAAAUAUAAUACCAGAGCAAACGGAGGCUACAAAUGUUUGGUUAUUGAGUAGAGCUACUAGUGGAAAAAAGGUGUUUUGAUGUCUGGCUGUGGCAGCUUUGACAGUCCGGAUUCGCCUUCCAGAGGGAAGUGAUUCAAAGAGUUUGUGGCCAGGAUGAGAGGGAUCAGAGAUGAUCUUACCCGCUCACUUCCUGGCCCUUGCAGUGUACAGUUCGUCAAUGGAGGGAAGGUUGCAGCUAAUAACCUUCUCAGCUGAUCAGACGAUUCGCUGCAGCCUCUGGAUGUCGUGCUUGGUGGCUGAGCCAAACCAGACCAUGAUGGAGAAGCUGAGGACAGACUGUACGGUAGCCAUAUAGAAUUGGACCAUCAUUGCCCGUAGCAGAUUAUGCUUCCUCAGCUGCCGCAGGAAGUACAUCCUCUGUUGUGCCUUUUUGACUGUGGAGUCGAUGGAAGCCCCCCACUUAAGGUCCUUGGAGAUGAGUAAGUUAAAUUUACUACCAAAAUCAUGUGCCUGGAUGUUAAAAUGUAGCAGUGUUUGCAAUAGAUCAGAACUUUUCAUUUUUCCCUUAUACAGAAAACUUCAUACUUAAUGAUAGAAGCUGUCUGCUCUGCCAUAAACCAGCUGGUAGGCUAAUGCAAAUAGGGACUAGGAUGAUUAGGUUUAAACUUUAGUUUCUUUUACUAAUUUUGUUAUGUUCCCAACCAACAGGUUUAAUGGUUAACUAUUAUUUACCAAAGGAUAAAACCUUUGAGCAGAGGCAGGUAAUCACAAAGCAGCUGACAAUUGCAAAUUCCAGAAGGCUCAUUUAAUAGACACGCAGCUUUUUCUCAACAAUAAGUGCAUUGAAUAUGAGUCUCACCUAUAUAACAUUGGCAACAAACAAGAAGAUGCCAUUAGUUGGGUUGGGAACGUGGAAGAGUUCCCCCGGCCAGUGUAUCAAGCGGGAAGAUAUUUUCAUUACGUCCAAACUUUGGAACACCAAGCAUCACCCAGAUGACGUAGAACCAGCAUGCCGUAAAACAUUAGCAGACUUGCAGGUGGACUACUUAGAUUUGUAUUUGAUGCACUGGCCAAUGGCAUUUGAACGGGGCAACAUUAUGAUGCCAAUUAAUGAUGAUGGAUCAGUGCGUUAUGCUGAUACUGAUUACAAGGAUACUUGGAAGGCCAUGGAAAAAUUAGUGGAAAAAGGUUGGGUCAAGGCACUUGGCUUAUCCAACUUCAAUGCAAGGCAAAUAGAUGAUCUAUUAUCAACUGUAACCCACAGGCCAGUUGUUAAUCAGAUUGAAUGCCAUCCUUACCUGAACCAAAGUAAGCUUGUGGACCACUGCACAAAACGUAGGAUUGUGGUUACAGCGUACAGUCCUCUGGGAUCAUCUGACCGUCCGUGGGCCAGACCUGAUGACCCAAAACUGUUAGAAGAUCCAAGAAUACUGGAAAUAGCAAAAAAAUAUGGAAAAUCUCCAGCUCAAGUUAUCAUAAGGUGGCAGUUGCAAAGAGAAGUAGUGUGCAUUCCCAAAAGUACCACACCUUCCAGGAUUAAAGAAAAUAUUGAGGUGUUUGAUUUCAUCUUGUCUGAAGAGGAUAUGCAACAAAUUGAUUCAUUUGACUGCAAUGGAAGAUUGAUAGUCCCAACGAUUGUAAGAGAUGGGGUGAGAGUUUGGAGAGAUUCAAGUCAUCCAUAUUUCCCAUUCAACGAUUCUUAUUGAAAAUCAAUUGGAGCCAUGAAAGCAUUCCGGGCAUAUUUUCACAUCUAAAGUCACCUUUCAUUUCUCCUGAAAUUGAUUAAAUUAAUACUAAACAUGAGAAA